AUGGCCGCCGUGAAGAAGGUGGUGGUGAAGCUGGACCUGCGCGACGACACGCGGAAGCGCAAGGCGAUCAAGGCCGUCUCCGCUCUCUGUGGUAUCGAGGAGAUCGCCGUGGACAUGAAGGAGGAGAGGAUGACGGUCGUGGGCACGGUCGACCCCGUCGACGUCGUCCGCAAGCUGCGCAAGCGCUUCUGCAUGGUGCAGAUGGUCUCCGUCGGCCUGGCCAAGGAGGAGAAGAAGAAUGGGGACAAGAAGCAGGAAGGCGAUAAGACGGAUGGCAACAAGGAGAAGAAGAACAGCGACACCAAGGACGUCCCGCCGUGGCGCCCGCCGCACUGUUACCCGCUGCCUCACCACCCUCACCCGUGCUGCUUCCUCCACACCGAGGAGAACCCCAGCGCGUGCGUCAUCUGCUGA